AUGAAGACUGCUGGAGUGUUUGCUGCGCUUGCGUAUGCUUACUUCGCUCUCGCGGAAGACGCUACGGUCUCUUUGUACAACCAAGCAGGCUGUGGUGGUUCUGAGAACAAAAUGCAACUUGUGCCGUCAGUAUGCACUAUGGCCAACGCCCAGUCCAUCAAAGCCACCAUGGACGACAUCGGGAUCAAAUUUACAUGCAACACAUACGCCGGAUCCGAUUGUAAGACUGGUCAGGUCGAAAUUGAUUAUACGUGUGAAGACUCACCUAACGGUGUCUUCUACGUGUUAUGCUAUCCGAAUCCCACUCUCUGA